AUGGCACCAGCACAACCACCAGAGACCAUCACCCUCAAAGUGAAGGUCCCGCCAGGCCAUCUCACCCUACCAGCCAUAUCUGGCGAAGGCAGCACCACUGUCUCACAAGACUCCUACGACCUAGGCUCCUUGCCCGUGUCCACUACCGUCGGCGCUCUUCGCCAGCAGAUCCAGUCUGCCAUCCCAAGUAACCCAGCACCGGAACGCCAACGACUGCUCUACGGUGGCCGGGCACUGGUCAACAACGAUCAAACGCUGGCAGACGCAUUCAAUACCAAGCGAGAUGCAAGUCAGACGGACUAUGUCAUCCACCUUCUUGUCGGGGGCGCGGGGAUGAGCAGUGGACCGCGUGGUCAUCAAGCGAGUCGAAGCACGAGUGCUGUGGAGGGAAUGGGAGGAGCGAGGGACGCCCGUACGUCUCCAGUACCUGGACAACAGCCAGCCCCACACGCUGGAGCCCAAGGACCUCAGGGCUUGGGAACAAUGCGCCAGGCUGCUGAAAGAUUGCGGGCGCAGAUGCCGCCGCACCUUCGAGAGCGCGCACAAACAGGGCAGGCCAAUGGAGCACCGCCAUUCCCUAUGCCGGGUAUGCCAGGCCAGCCGCCGAUGAUGGGCGGGGCGAUGCCGCCGGGUAUGGGCCUGCCUCCAGGGUUUCCUAUGCCACCGCACAUGCCUACGCCUGGCCAGCAGCAGCCACAGCCAAAUGGACAAACACCUUCUAGAACAGACGGAAAUCAGACGCCUGCAGAGGCGCCGCAGGGAGCGCAAAACCAAGGCAAUAUACCAGCUGGACAGCAGCCGCAGCAGCAUGGCAACCGUCGGCCGGUCAGCGGUCAAGGCUUUCACGUACAGGGCGUCGGGCCCAACGGGCAGAGAUUCGAGAUCCACCAGCAGACACUGAACUUCCCGCACAUGACUCAAGGUCAGCCCGGUCAGGCUAUGCAGAUGCCAAUGCCGUUUGGUAUGCCCCAGAUGCAACCAGGUAUGCCUCCACCACAACCACCACGACAGCCUAAUGGACCUUCGGCGUUGGAGCGCGCACGAGAAAACAUGACCGAGAUGCGACGGAUGCUGGAGGAGAUGCGAAAUCAGACCGACGCUCCCUCAGAAGAAGAGCGACGGAGGAGGAUUGACGAGAUGGAGCAGCGCGUGAUAGGUGUGAACAACUACAUCGACCCGCUUAAUGCGAUACCUACUGCGACUCCAACGACCACUGGAGGGGCAGAUGCGACGGGCAGGCGUUCGGCGCCGCCCAACACCGGAGCACCACCAUUUCUGCAGCCUCCCAUGUUCAUGAACAGGCCGCCACAAUUCCAGGCUAUGGCUCAAGCACCGCGACUGAACGGCCCAUCAGUUCAAGGGCAGUCACCAUCGCCUCGCAACCCAAGCGAUGUGACAGCCUAUCUUCUCUCCGGCCCUCAAGGACCGCAAGCUCUGCUAUUCUCGCCCCAGCACGGGAUGUUUCAGGGCUCACUCCCACGUGCCAGCCCAACACCUACCGCAACCACCACUCAACCCACUCCAACCCAGCAACCCCAACAAGGCCACCAACAGCACCAGCCCCGCGGCAUCCCCCUCCCCGACGCCGGCGCCCUCGCCCAACAAGCACAAGCACAAGCAGGCGAAGCCAACCAAGCCGCCGCGGCACCCGACCCUCUCGGUCCCCUCCAACCCAUCCUCGCGCACGUCUGGCUCCUCCUACGCAUUCUGAUUUUCGCCUACUUUCUCCUCGGCACGAACAUGGGCUACACACGUCCUCUAGUCCUCGCAGGCAUCGGCAUGGUCUUCUGGGCCAUCCGCAUGGGUGCGCUAGGCGACGGCGCGGCGGUGCGGAGAUGGUGGGAGGGCGUGCUUGGAGGGGAGGGACGUCCUGAGCCGCGAGGCCAAGCAGCUAACGAACAGGCGCACGGUCAGGCGCAGGCUGGUGGACAGCACCGUAUGCCGACGCCCGAACAAGUGGCGCAGCGCUUAUUACACGAAGAAGCCGAGCGGGAUAGGGCUAGAGGUGGGAGGGGAUGGUUGCGCGAGCAAGUGCGGCCGGUGGAAAGAGCGGCGGCGCUUUUUGUGGCGAGUUUGUGGCCCGGGAUUGGGGAGGCGCAUGUGCGGGAGCAGAGGAGGGCGAGGGAGGAGGCGGACGCGGAGAGGAGGAGAGUUGAGGGGGAGGAAGCGGAGAGGAGGAGGGAGGCGGAGGAGAGGGAGAAGGGGACUGAGGGGAGUAAGGAGAGCGCUGAGGGUGGCGCUGAACGUAGUGGGAGUGGAGGCGUGGCUGCGGAGGCAGGUGAAAGCGCUCGCGCGACUACGAGCGGCAAUGCUGUGGGGGAGGAGGGCAGCGGAUCUACCUAA